UGACGAAGGGGAUGCACUCCCCAGGGCAAGAGGCGGGGCCGCUGUUGCGCGCGGUGUACGCCGAGAGUUGUAGUUCCCCGCCCCUGAGUGAGGGGCGGAGCGGGCGGGAAGCUGAGCAUCAUGGGAAAAGCAGUUCUCCGAAUGGAGUAUGACUGUAUGCAAGGAACUCUACGUUCAUUCAUCCGGAAAUAAAUCUCGUUUGUCUCACCAGAGCUGGAACGUAGGCCUGGUGGAACGCCGCGCGGCUGGUUUUUCCGGACGAGCGCCGAGUCACUUUGACCUUCCCUCCAGCUUUGACCCCGGAAGCAGUGCGGCCAACGGCGGAAGCGCGCGGCGCGGUGCAUUGUGGGGGGCGUAGUCCGACUUCCCGGGCGCUUCUUCGUCGCGGCCCGGGGACUGACUGACUGACUGACAGGCUCUGGUGGCUGCGGAGACUGCCGGCGGGCGGGUGGACGGCGCGGGGGCCGUCGGGGAGCGUCCCUAGGAGAGCGAGCGAACGAGGCGAGGCCCGGCUCCGCUCGGGGCGGGGCGGGACGCCGCCUCCCGGCCGGUGGGGGGACGUAAGGCGUCUGUGCGGGCGCUGAGGCCUCGCCCGUCGGUGGGUGUCCCGGGGUCCCGAGGACAGGGCCCGGGGGUGAGGCCGGGCCCCGAGGCGGAGCCGGAGGCCGGGUCUCGGCCGAGGCCCUCGGAGCUUUCCGGGCCCGAGCGGUCGGGCGGCGGCGGCGGCCGAGGCCCGAGGCCGGGGCCGUCGGCGGGUCGGGGCCGCCGCGAUGCCGGGCUUCACGUGCUGCGUGCCGGGCUGCUACAACAACUCGCACCGGGACAAGGCGCUGCACUUCUACACCUUCCCCAAGGACGCGGAGCUGCGGCGCCAGUGGCUCAAGAACGUGUCCCGGGCCGGCGUCAGCGGCUGCUUCUCCACCUUCCAGCCCACGGCCGGCCACCGCCUCUGCAGCGUCCACUUCCAGGGCGGCCGCAAGACCUACACGGUGCGCGUCCCCACCAUCUUCCCGCUGCGCGGCGUCAAUGAGCGCAAGGCCCGGCGGCCCGGGGGCGGCGGGGCGGCGGGAGCGGCGGCCCGGCGGAGGCAGCAGCAGCAACAGCAGCAGCAGCAGCAGCAGCAGCAGCAAUCGCCGCAGCCACCCCAGCCGCAGCCGCAGCCGCAGCCGGCCGCGCUUCCGGCCCCGGCGCAGGCAUCCCUAGUGUCCGCUUCGGCCGCCGUGCUGCUCACGCUGCAGGCGGCGGUGGAGAGCGGAGCCGCCGCCGCCGCCCCCCCUCAGCCGCCCGCCGGGGACGACGUGAAGCCCAUCGACCUGACAGUGCAGGUGGAGUUCGCCUCGGCCGAGGGAGCCCCCGCGCCCGAGCUCGGAGUCCCGGCCGUGGCCGCCGCGGCCUCCGGGCCCCGGCUGGUGGUGGUGGGCGAGGAGGGCUUCCCCGACACGGGCUCAGACCAUUCUUAUUCGCUGUCUUCUGGCACCACGGAGGAGGAGCUGCUGCGGAAGCUGAACGAGCAGCGCGACAUCCUGGCCCUGAUGGAGGUGAAGAUGAAGGAGAUGAAGGGCAGCAUCCGCCACCUGCGGCUCACCGAGGCCAAGCUCCGGGAGGAGCUCCGAGAGAAGGACCGGCUGCUGGCCAUGGCGGUUAUCCGCAAGAAGCACGGGAUGUGAGCCGGCCUCCUGCCUGCCCCCACCCCGGACCUCUGGCUUCCCACCUGCCCUUGGCCCCGCCUGGGGCCGCCUUUGACGCUGGUCCUCACCCUCACCCCUUCCUCUGCAGUGGGACUCCCCGCCUGGCAUCCACCAUCCUGGACCACAGAUGGAACGAGCCCGAGGUGCCCUCACUUGUGUGGCCUCUGACAUGACUAGCGCCUCAAGAAGGCAGGUGGGCCGGGCUGGCGGCCCCUCGGUUCUGCGCAUUGGCCAUGCCAGGCGGUAUGAGAAGGACUUGUUCGCUGUUUCUGUUUGGAACUCUUUUUAUGACCAUAGGAUUUAAAGCGAUCACUGUUUGGAACUCAUCCUUAAGGUUAUGGGUGGGAAGGCAGGCUCCAGGGAACCAUACGAGGGGAACUCAACCUUGGAGUUGAUCAGACAGUCCCUUUCUGUGUAGUGAUAAAGGCAGAGUUGGGACCCAGAUCCCAAGAAGCAUCCAAUGCUUAUUCUCACUUCCUCCUGACCCUCCACCCUUCAGCUUUUUCUAUCCCAGUUUUGGACUGUGAUUCCAAUAAGGGGAUGUGAUGAACUGGAAUCAAAUCUAUUGAGUUUUUUCCUGGGUGGUAUGAGCAGGACAUUCCCCUCUGUCUCUUGUCUGGCAGUUUGUCUUUGGCGGGGAGCUGGGUGACCUUUCUGAGGUAAACCCAAUUUGCCUGGGACUUGGGUUUUUUUUUUUAAAUAACCCCCCCCAAAAAAAACCCAUCCUGGUGAUAUGUUUGCUACUGGUUACAAAAAUUAUAUUUUCUGUACAAUUAGACUAAAGUUUUCACUGUGUCCUGUUUGGCAAAGCAAAUUAAUUAAAAUGUAAGGUUUUUAUUUGGG